CAGCAGAGGAAAGUUUUCAGAGCACCCGGCGUUUGGGAGAGGAAAGGUCUCUUGAGCUUUGCACAGGGAAGAAUUAUUUGCAUACCGACGCUUUAGCUGUGGUCGUACUGUUUCCAUGCUGAAGAUGGACCAUGCAAACAUCACCCAAGCCAUGCUGAACACUGAGUCCCGCAGCACGGAGAAGAAUAACAGCAAUGAGUAUUUUUACAUCCUGAUCGUCAUGUCUUUCUAUGGGAUCUUCCUGAUAGGGAUCAUGCUUGGCUACAUGAAAUCAAAAAGGAAAGAGAAGACAUCCAAUUUGCUUCUGCUCUACAAAGAUGAGGAGAGAGAAUGGGGAGAAGCUGUGAAGCCUCUACCAACCAUAUCAGGGCUGAAGUCUGUCCAGAUCCCCAUGAUGCUGAACAUGCUGCAGGAGAGCAUGGUGCCCUCCCUGUCCUGUGCCAUCUGCUCGAUGGAAGGCAGCAGCGUCAGCUCAGAAUCCUCCUCCCCAGAUGUGCACUUCACCAUCCAGGAGGAGGUGCUGGAUGCUGAGCUGGGGGAAGUGUCAGAAAAGCUCCUCGAGAGCAGCGAGGGCUCUGUGGAGAACAUCCACAAGAACUCCUAGCACCUGCCGGGCUCCCCUGGGUGCAGCCAGAGCACGAGCGGAGCUCCCACUGACAACUUGUGGUUCUACCUUCCUGCUUGCCUGUGAACUUUCCACCAGCAACUGUGCCCUGGGGCCCACGAUAUUCCUGAGAACUGGCAGCACAAGGAAGUGGUGGUACCAAGCUCCAACACCUAACUUGCACAUAAUUGGGAUGCUUCAUUUUAUUUUUACCAUUAUAAUUUCUCACCAUAAGAGCUAAGAGCAAAGAGAAUAUAUAUAUAUAUAUAUAUAUAUUCUAAUGAGGUAACUAUUACUGGCAUGUCUCUGCAUGUUGCAGGAUCCUGCAGAUAGCACAAGAACCUGGCUGUUAAAGCUGAUGGGUGAUGCUCAUUCACACAAAGCUGUGAUAGACUAGAAGUACUUCCACUGUGUUUUUCUUAUAACAAACUACAGCCAUCAGCAGAUUUGCUCAGUGAGACCUCAAAGGCCAAACCUUUGUGGAUGAUGGUGUUGGAGGGAGAUUGCAGCAUGGCUGGAGACUGACCUUAGGCACAGAGAGAAUGAAAGAUGGAAACAAAAAGCAAGGGGAGGCCCUAUAUUUCCAGAAGGUUUGUACAGAUGGGUUCAGAUCCAUAUUGCUACAUUUGUCUUUGCUGAAGUUGUACCUGUGCUGGCUGGGUCAGGUAUGCCAACUGCUGCUGCAAUCCAGCCUUUGGCUGAACUAACAGUAGGAAAAGUGGUCUUGAGUUUUGCUUUUGUAUUCUUCAAUGACAUGUAUAUUUGAUCACUAAAACCAAAGAUCCGUAAGUUAAAAAAGCACCUGAAAAAUCUUUGUUACAAGGCGCAAGAUCUAGGAAGGCUUGAACAAAUGCUGCUCUGUUACGCCCCUUGAAAAUGGGUGGAACUUAGAAUGAAUUUCACCUAGCAAAGGUGAGAUCCUGGCCUCACUGAAGUCACCAGCAGAGCCCUACUGACUUCAGGUAACAGGCACAAGAAGUUGUGCUUCUCUGCUGGAGUCACAUUCUCCAUUUGAGGUCAGUAAAACUGUAUCCAUUUACAUCACUACAUAAUCCAGCUUUUCUGCUCUAUUUAAACCAGCGUAGAUAAACGUUGCAUUACGUCUUUAUUUUUUUUC